AGGGCUUGGGCGGCGCCUGCGCAGACCGGCGCGGCACGGCAACAUGGCGGACAAAGAGAAAAAGAAGAAGGAGAGCAUCUUGGACCUGUCCAAGUACAUCGACAAGACGAUCCGGGUGAAGUUCCAGGGAGGCCGCGAAGCCAGUGGAAUCCUGAAGGGGUUCGACCCGCUGCUUAACCUGGUGCUGGACGGGACCAUCGAGUACAUGCGAGGUCCCUUCCAGCCUCAAGCAGCCACAGGGAGGCCUCGCUUCAACCCCAAGCAUCCGCUAGAGGACCCAGGCAAGGCCAUGUAGCCUGGGACUUUCUGCCACAGAAGCCCCACAACGCCAGCAACUGCGGCGCCUCCUGGUCUGUGCCCAAACCGGGUCUCACUCUGCCGGUCAGCAAGACGGGGAGAGGACCGCUGUUGUGCCUGGACUCAGACAAGGACAUGGAUAUAAAAAGAAGAGGGUCUUAUAAACGGGGGAAAUUGAGGCGGGGAGGGGUUCUAGGAUUUGUGGGGUGCUGGUUGGAACUGGAUCCCCUAGGGAGGGGAUCCAGCCCUACUGCCCAGGCUGUGUCUGCAGGAAUAAGUCCCAGCCCCACACCUUCCUGAUUAGUCUAACAGCUUCAACGGGGCGGGGCCUGGAUCUGUUGCUGAAUAAAGGUUUGC